AUGAUGUAUCUAUCCCAAGUUUCAUUCUUGUUCUUAAAUGUAUGUAUUUUUAUUUGUGGAGAAGCUGCACAAAAUAACUGUGUACAUCAUUCUACGGACUCUCCAGUAAUUAACAAUGUGGAAGAUGCGUCUAGUGCAAAAGAUAAAAGCCAAAGUAAGGAUGCUGCUUAUAAGGAAGAGUGUGAAGGAUCAUGUGACGCUAAAGCCAAAAGUAAUCGAGAAGAGAAGCAUUUCAUGUGCAGAAACCUGCAAAAUUCAAUCGUUUCUUAUACACAAAGUACCAAAAAACUAUUGAGAAAUAUAAUGGAAGAGCAACAAGCAUCUCUGGAUUAUUUAUCUCAUCAGGUUAACGAGCUUACAAAUCGAGUUCUCCUUUUGACUACAGAAGUUUUGAGAAAACAGCUGGACCCUUUUCCUCACAGACCAGUUCAAUCACAUGGUUUGGACUGCACUGAUAUUAAAGAUACCAUUGGCUCUGUCACCAAAACACCAAGUGGUUUAUAUGUAAUAAUCCCAGAAGGCUCUGGUUACCCAUUUGAGGUAAUGUGCGACAUGGAUUUCAGAGGAGGUGGAUGGACCGUGAUACAGAAAAGAAUUGAUGGGAUAAUUGAUUUCCAAAGGCUGUGGUGUGAUUAUCUGGAUGGAUUUGGCGACCUUUUAGGAGAAUUUUGGCUAGGACUGAAAAAGAUUUUUUAUAUAGUAAAUCAAAAAAAGACCAGUUUUAUGCUGUAUGUGGCAUUGGAAUCUGAAGAUAACACAUUUGCUUAUGCAUUAUAUGAUAAUUUUUGGCUAGAGGAUGAAACAAGAUUUUUUAAAAUGCACUUAGGACGAUAUUCAGGAAAUGCUGGUGAUGCCUUCAGGGGUCUCAGCAAUGAUGAUAAUCAGAAUGCGAUGCCUUUCAGCACACCUGAUGUUGACAAUGAUGGGUGCCGCCCUGCUUGCACGGUUAGUGGUAAAUCUGUGGAGAGCUGCAGUCACCUUCAUAAUGACACUGGCUGGUGGUUCAACCAGUGUGGCCUCGCCAAUCUGAAUGCCAUCCACCACUCCCCUGGAAUCCAGUGGGGAACAUGGACCAAUAACAAUAGCUUACCUGUCAAGAUUAAAUCUGUUUCAAUGAAAAUUAGAAGAAUUUACAAGCCAUAUUUUAAGUAA